AUGGUAAAAGAACCAGCAGUUACCCUCCACCUGACAAGGAUAGGCCCUUCUUGGAUGGACCCCAUCACUAAUUUCCUAGAAAAUGGUAAACUCCCUGACGACGAAAAGGAAGAUAAAGCGUUGAGAAGGGAGGCGGCCAAAUAUGCGAUUAUACAGGGCCAACUGUUUAAAAAGGGACUUAGCCAUCCCUUAUUGAAGUGCCUGCAUCCCGACCAAACAGAUUACGUGCUCAGAGAAGUCCACGAGGGGUGCUGUGGUCAUCACAUCGGGGGAAGAGCCCUGGUGAUAACUCGAUUCAGUAUCUCGGAAGUCGUUGUCUCUGAUAACGGGACACAGUUCACUAACAAGAAGUUCACAGAGUUUCUCACCGGUCUAGGCAUAAAGCAGAAGUUCUCCUCUGUAGAGCACCCCCAGACGAAUGGUCAAGUUGAAGCCGCAAACAAGGUCGUCUUGCUAGGCCUCAAGAAGCGGCUGGCCAAGAAAAAAGGUGCAUGGGCCGACGAACUCGCCUCGGUUCUCUAA